AUGGCAGCAAAGAAGGGACAAAAGAAGGGUGGUCAAAGUAACCAUGGAAAAAACUCCGAUAUGGAUGUUGAAGACCGUCUCCAAGCCGUUGUCUUAACAGAUUCAUACGAAACUAGGUUUAUGCCACUGACGGCUGUCAAGCCUAGGUGUUUGUUGCCACUGGCUAAUGUACCACUUAUUGAAUAUACCUUGGAAUUUUUAGCCAAAGCCGGCGUGCAUGAAGUCUUUUUAAUUUGCUCUUCUCACGCCAACCAAAUUAAUGACUAUAUUGAAAAAUCUAAAUGGAACUUGCCCUGGUCUCCAUUUAAGAUUACAACCAUCAUGUCUCCUGAAGCUAGAUGUACAGGUGAUGUUAUGAGAGAUCUAGAUAAUAGAGGCAUUAUUACUGGAGAUUUUAUUUUAGUCAGUGGUGAUGUCUUGACGAACAUCGACUUCAGUAAAAUGCUCGAAUUUCAUAAAAAAAUGCACGUUCAGGACAAGGACCACAUCUCAACAAUGUGUCUAAGCAAAGCAAGCACUUAUCCUAAAACAAGAACCAUUGAACCUGCUGCAUUUGUCUUGGACAAAGCUACUAAUAGAUGUAUUUACUACCAAGACCUACCAUUGCCAAGUUCUAAAGAAAAGACUUCCAUUCAAAUUGACCCAGAGUUGUUGGAUAAUGUUGAUGAAUUUGUCAUAAGAAAUGACUUGAUUGAUUGUAGAAUAGAUAUUUGUACAUCCCACGUCCCGUUGAUUUUUCAGGAAAAUUUUGACUAUCAAUCGUUAAGAACAGAUUUCGUUAAAGGUGUCAUUUCAAGUGAUAUUUUGGGAAAACAUAUCUACGCCUAUGUAACGGAUGAAUACGCAGUAAGAGUAGAAAGUUGGCAAACUUAUGAUACUAUUUCUCAAGAUUUCUUAGGAAGAUGGUGCUAUCCAUUAGUCCUAGACUCUAAUAUACAAGAAGAUCAAACAUAUUCGUACGAAUCGAGACAUAUAUACAAGGAAAAAGACGUUGUUUUGGCGCAAUCUUGCAAAAUUGGUAAAUGUACCGCCAUUGGAUCGGGCACAAAAAUCGGAGAGGGUACUAAAAUUGAGAAUUCGGUUAUUGGAAGAAACUGUCAAAUCGGUGAAAACAUUAAAAUCAAGAAUAGUUUCAUCUGGGAUGACUGUAUCAUUGGAAAUAACAGUAUCAUUGAUCACUCGUUAAUUGCCUCCAACGCCACUUUAGGUUGUAAUGUGCGCCUAAAUGAUGGCUGUAUAAUUGGCUACAAUGUUAAGGUUGAUGAUAAUAUGGAUCUGGAUAGAAAAACCAAAAUAUCAGCCAGCCCACUAAAAAGUACCAUUUCAAGAAUGUAUGACAACGAUAAUGGUGAGAAAUUCGAAGAAGAUAGUGAUAAUUAUCUAUUGGCCGUGUCUGUCGUUGGAGAAAAGGGUGUCGGCUACAUUUACGAAAGCGAAGUCUCUGAUGAUGAAGACAGUUCCACGGAGGCUUAUAGAGAGGUAAACAGUUUAAGCAACCAAUUAGACGAAUUUUACCUGAGCGAUACUUCUAUUUCUUCCGCUACUAAAAAGACAAAGAAAAAGAGAACGAUGUCUGUCAAUAGUGUAUACACUGAUAGAGAAGAAGUUGAUUCUGAAUUUGAGGAAGACUUCGAGAAAGAAGGUAUUGCUACCGUGGAACGCGCCAUGGAAAAUAACCAUGAUCUUGACACAGCAUUAUUAGAAUUAAACACUUUGAGAAUGAGUAUGAACGUUACAUACCAUGAAGUGAGAAUAGCAACGAUAACUGCACUACUAAAGAGAGUUUAUCACUUCAUUGCGACUCAAACGUUAGGUCCUAAAGAUGCUGUAGUUAAGGUAUUUAAUCAGUGGGGACUAUUGUUUAAGAGACAAGCCUUUGAUGAAGAAGAAUAUGUUGAUUUGAUGAACAUCAUAAUGGAGAAGAUUGUCGAACAAAAAUUCGAUAAACCGGAUCUGAUUUUAUUUAGUGCAUUAGUUUCUCUAUAUGAUAAUGAUAUCAUCGAGGAAGAUUCAAUCUAUAAAUGGUGGAAUAGUGUUUCUACUGAUCCUCGCUAUGAUGAAGUCAAGAAAUUGACAGUCAAGUGGGUCGAGUGGUUACAGAAUGCAGAUGAAGAGUCUUCUUCAGAAGAGGAGUAA